AUGAGCACAAGCUUCGCCAGCGUGAACGAGGACGAUAGACAGAGUAUCCUUGGAUUGAUUAUGGUCCCAACAUAUGAGCUACUACGGCAAUAUACUUUCUGGAGCGAGUCUUUAUACCCACAGACUUACUCCAGCUACGUCGGCGCACUCUAUCGCUCACCAAAUUUAUCCACCUCAGAUCAAGUGUUGACAUUGCGCUCUACAAUCCCCAAGGUACUCGUCUGCACCCCUAACGGCCUAGCUGAUGCAUUAGCUCACGACCCAAGCCUCUUUAACAUUCAAGCGAAGCGCAACAUAGUCCAAGACCUCAGCUGCAUCGCGCUUGAUGAGGUUGACGCGCUCCUACCAUCGCCAUCAACAAGAAGAUCGACAAGAUCGUUCAAGAAAUCGCCAAAGAAGAAAAAGGACGUCUUAUACCCGCUCAUAGAUGCUUUGAUGGGAGGUCGCGAUCGCAAAAUACAGUUCAUCGCGACGAGCGCGUCCCUCAACGCACCCCUAAGGGGUCAUCUUAAGGUCGAAAAGCGUUGGGCUGGUCCAGCUACCUCAUACAUCAAUGCUGACACCAGCGAUAAGGGCACAAGAGUGAGACACUGUUGUGUUGUGGUUAACAACCGUGGUGAAAUUCGCAACAUUCGUACAAACGAUAGUGAAAUUGGUGGCAGUAAGGAGUUGCAACUCAGACGCAAUGAGGUGAGCAAGUUUUUAGGAGAGGCGAAUGAGGACGAGAAUUUAUUCGAAAGUGUAGCAGCGGCAUUUGCGAUAUGGAGUGCACACAAUGAUAACAAUGGGUCUGCAGUACUGAUUGUACCAUCGAACGCAUCGAUAAAGCGGCUAGAGGAUUUCUUUGGUGAGCUUGGUCUUAACGCACGCCAGCUCGUCAACCUUUCAAAGGACGAUGAUCAAGAUGAAGGGUUGCAGGAGAACGUAGGUGAUGACGAUAAAGGAACACUUUACAUUACCCACGAGCAUGCUGUACGGGGCUUGCACAUGCCUUCUCUCGAGCUUGUUAUGAUUGCAGGUCCAACAAAGGAUGUCACAAAGUACUCGCACAUAUCUGGUCGUGUGGGUAGGUUUGGACAGAGCGGCUCGCCUCAAGUUGUCACCUUUGUCAGAGAGACUGUUACAGACGACAAGAUCAACGGGGAGGAAGAAAAGGCCAUGCAGCAUACCUUUAAUCGCGCCAAAAUCACUCCAGAGCCAUGGAAUACAGUGGUUGAGUGA